CCCUCCGCCGCGCAACACGGAAGCAUGGAGGCAGCCCAGGGCUCCCCGGUGUCCGCUCUGUCCCAGCAGCGCAGGCUGAGAGUCAUUUCGGGACACCUGCAAGCGGGAGCUGCGCCUGGAAUUUCCCUGAAUGAAUGCAAGGCCCCGGCAGCUCCCUCCUCCGCUGCUCCCUCCAUUCCCAAGAAGAGGCAAGAAGCCCUGAAGUGGAAUGGUUGGGGAUACAAUGAUUCCAAAUUCACUUUCAAUAAAAAGGGCCAAGCCGAGUUUACUGGCAAAAGAUACAAACUUAGUGGUAUGGUGCUACCAGCUUUAAGAGAAUGGAUGGAGAAAACAUUCGGUGCCAGUCUGGAUCAAAAAACUACCUCCCGAGCAUCUUUAAAUGUAAGCGAUGCCCCACCAGCACUUGUAAAUGAAGGAUUCCUCCAGGACGUUAAAGCCAUAGGCAUUUCAUAUUCCCAGGAUGCUGAAGAUCGAAUUUUCCGAGCACAUGGUCAUUGCCUACAUGAAAUAUUUACUCUCAGGGAAGGAAUGUUUAAGAGGAUUCCCGACAUUGUUGUGUGGCCAACCUGUCACGAAGAUGUUGUGAAAAUAGUGGAUCUAUCCUGUAAACAUGAUGUUUGUCUCAUUCCAUUUGGAGGUGGGACAAGUGUAUCUAAUGCCCUGGAAUGCCCUGAAGAUGAGAGGAGAGUUAUCGUUUCAUUGGAUACCUCACAAAUGAGCAGAAUACUGUGGAUUGAUGAAAAUAAUUUAACAGCUCAUAUAGAAGCAGGAAUAACUGGUCAGGAUCUGGAGAGACAGCUUGGGGAGAGUGGUUACUGCACAGGUCAUGAACCAGACUCCAUGGAAUUCAGCACAUUAGGAGGCUGGGUGGCCACAAGAGCGUCUGGCAUGAAAAAGAACAUUUAUGGAAACAUCGAGGAUCUGGUGGUUCACAUAAAAAUGGUAACACCUAAAGGUAUCAUUGAAAAAAGCUGCCAGGGCCCAAGGAUGUCCACAGGGCCGGAUAUUCAUCACUUCAUAAUGGGAUCCGAAGGGACUCUUGGAGUGGUCACAGAAGUUACAAUCAAGAUCCGGCCAGUUCCCGAGUAUCAGAAGUACGGCUCCGUGGUGUUUCCGAAUUUUGAGAGGGGGGUGGCCUGCUUACGAGAAGUUGCGAGACAGAGAUGCGCUCCUGCCUCAAUUCGCCUUAUGGACAAUGCACAAUUUCAGUUUGGGCAUGCUCUUAAACCUCAGGUGGCCUCAAUUUUUACUUCAUUUUUGGAUGGGUUAAAAAAAUUCUACAUCACAAAGUUUAAAGGCUUUGAUCCAAAUCAGUUAUGUGUUGCAACCCUGUUGUUCGAGGGUGACCGGGAAAAAGUCUUACAGCACGAGAAGCAAGUGUACGAUAUUGCUGCUAAAUUUGGCGGCCUGGCAGCAGGCGAAGAUAAUGGACAAAGAGGCUACAUGCUGACAUUUGUCAUUGCUUACCUUCGGGACCUUGGCAUGGACUACUAUGUAAUAGGGGAAUCCUUUGAGACUUCAGUUCCAUGGGACAGGGUUUUGGAUCUGUGCCGCAACGUUAAAGAGAGAAUUGUUCGAGAGUGCAAAGAAAGAGGCGUUCAGUUCCCUCCCCUUUCUACAUGCAGGGUCACACAGACUUACGAUGCUGGAGCUUGCGUCUAUUUCUAUUUUGCCUUCAACUACAGGGGUUUAAGUGAUCCAGUUCAUGUCUAUGAAGAAAUUGAGUUUGCUGCUAGAGAAGAAAUCCUUGCUAAUGGUGGAAGCCUUUCACAUCAUCAUGGAGUGGGCAAGUUACGGAAACAGUGGCUAAAGAACAGCAUUUCAGAUGUCGGCUUGGGAAUGCUUCGCUCUGUCAAGAAUUUUGUGGAUCCAAACAACACUUUUGGCAACAGAAACCUUUUAUAAACGCCGCAGUCCUAAUAGUUCUGGAUGUAUGUUAUAAUGUUGUUACAUUUCGUCCCUAGAAGGAGCCAACAUUUCAGAGUGUCUCCAGCAGCGAAAAAAAGCCUAUACUGUAAAGUUGUCCUGGAAAACCAGUGAAGUUUAAAAGCUGAAUGCUGGAUGAGAUGUACUGAAGAAAACAGGCAAAACAAUUCUAAGGUUUAUGAAAUACUAUGUCUAAAAUUACUUUUCCUACAUUUCUCUCUCCCUAAAGAUAAAUAUAUAUGUAACCUUGCCCUUUGCGGUCCAUUCUGAAGAAUCCCCUUUAUCCAAGCCUGCUCCAGUUCUAAUAGCAAGCUCGCUAUCUCCCAGCAGAUGGGAAUUACAGCUCCUAGCAUCCUCCAAGGGGUAGUGCUGGGAGCUGUAGUUUUCCACCACUGGGAGGGUUGUCAGUUUGACAUCUGUGCCUUGGAGCGUUGCUGUUCAUAACAAACAGCAGGGAGGCUGAAGACAGACUUUGAUUUAUAAGAGUUUUUAACGCAAACCCUGUUGGUACGCCUCUUUAACUUUCUGACGCUUGUGUUUCUAACCCGGCAACCACAGGGUUGUGUUUUUUAGGUCUUUCAUAGGGAACAUUCUUCACAACGUUUAAGGAGAAGUAAAAUCAAACCCAGUCAAGCCAUGUUUGUCAUCGUAUCCAUGCUGGUUGUUUCGCAUAUUAUUUUUUUUUUUAUAAAGGUAACAGUGGAAUUGUGUCCACCCCUCUUUAAAAGCAGGCUGGGAAGAAGAGAAUGUAUGUGACUGGAAAGCCCUGGGAUAGGGUAUUUAGGAGGCACCCAAACUGAGUAACCAUUUACCCCCACCCCUCCUCCCAAUUUCUUACGGCUGGCACAAGGGCAGCCUUCUGUACUACCUACUCAGCUAUACAAGCUUUUUAUAACAAUCUGUGGAUAGGACACACAAAGCGGCUGGUUCUCAUUUCCUCGCUGGAAGAAGCCAGCUGCUCUGUGCAAAACCCAUCCCCUACCGAGAGAAGAAAAGUCUGACGUUCAGAUCUGUCUGCACAAGCAGCUGUUCGCUUGCCCGCUUCUCUCCUGGGAAGAAAGACCACAUUAACACGAUUACUGCUUAAGCCAGAGCUGCCUGUACAUUGGAUGGUGCAUUCCGGUUACAUGGAAUAUUUAAGCAUCACUUCUUUUUAAAAUGGCGAAAAAAAGCAACUUACACCUCCUCACUCAUAUCACUGAUGAACUAAUAUGUGGCUUUUGAAUUUAUUUCAAAGCAUGUUCGACUAAUUCGUCUCUUUCAUGGGGUGGUCAUGUUUGUAUCUGUAGUUAAGAGAUAAUGGGGUUUUUUUAACCCUCUCGCCACCCAACGUGACUUGCAGUUGUAACUCGGCAGCGGAUUGGUUAAAAUCCUAAUCUAGCCAUAAUACAUUUUUGUACAGAGAAGCUAACCUCUUCAUAUUGUAAUGUUCAGUACAGAAUUUAUGACAUAAAAUGUAUGCUUUCACCCAA